UCUCAUCAUGGAGGGCAACUAUCUGCAAGGGGUGCCAAAGGACGGGUUUGGGGCCUGAGUGCCUCUAUAUCAUAAUGCUGGGGGAGCUAAUUUCUCUUCUUAGGACCCUACAUGGUUUGCUUGCUGCCUCAGGCACCAUAGGAGCAUUGGUGGCUUGGCUGGUCAGCUAUAAACCAACAUUGUUUGGGUUCCUAUUCCUCCUGCUAUUGCUUAGUAACUGGCUUGUCAAGUAUGAAUUCAAGCCUACCCCACCAGAGCCCCAACAGGAUGAGGCUGAGAAAUCCAAGACACCUGAAGCCAAACCCAGCAACAAGAUCAUGAACAGGAAAGAACUGGAGAGACUGCAUGCCUGCUUUGCCCUCCAGGAUAAGAUCCUUGAACGACUUAUGUUCAGUGAAAUGAAGCUGAAGGUCUUAGAAAAUCAGAUGUUCAUCGUAUGGAACAGAAUGAAUUACCCCAAGAGGUCAGGCCGACAGCGGAAUUAUUUCUUGGGAAAGCAUAGGUUGAGGAGGCACAAGUCCAUUUUCUCCAUCCUCUCUGACUGUACUUCCAUUUCCCCAGAAUGAAGUCAGAGAGACUGAGGAGGACUGGUGUCUUUGGAUGUUACAUUACUCAGUAAAACCCAGUCAGAGACUAUUGAA